AUGCCGAAGAUAACUAUUGUGGGAGCCGGCAUCACCGGCAUGGCUAUCGCGAGCAUGCUCUCAAGGUCAAAUGAAGUGACGAUUGUCGCUCGUAACCUUCCUGGCGACAGCGAAAGUCGAGAAUGGUCCAGUCCGUGGGCAGGCGCCUGCUUCCUUGGUUUGGAUGGAUCGACCCCGUUCGAGCAGAAGCUACAAACAGACUCCUUCUCCUACUUGUGGAGUCUUGCGAAGAGCGAUCCGGAGUCCAGUGUUCGGAUCAUCGAAAUGCACGACCUACAGGAUGAGACACCGCUAGAGAAGGUCUGGUACCGCGAUUUGAUGCCAGAGUUCCGCAUCAUGUCGCCCAGUGAGUUGCCCAAAGGCACCAAGUUGGGAAUGAGCUAUAAAUCGGUGGUGAUCACACCGGCCGUCUUCCUUCCAUGGCUCCGGAAAAAGCUCGAAGCCGCCGGUGUGAAGUUCGUACGUAAGGACCUACAGUCGUUAUCCGACUUGAAAGGAUUUGGGCAUGAGGUGCUCGUCAAUGCAACUGGCUUCGGGGCGAGGUUCCUCGCAGACGUUGCCGACCAGGGAGUGCAACAAAUUCGUGGCCAAACUGUGCUUGUGAAGACGCUACAUGACAAGAUUUUCAUGCGCCACGGCAAGGACUACACAUACGUUAUUCCACGUCUCGAUGGGACAGCCAUCCUGGGAGGAAUAAAACAAGUCGGGGAAACAUACCCGGAGGUGGAUCAAGAUAUCAAGCUCGAUAUCCUCCAACGCGUCCACGAGAACCUCCCUGGUGUGUUUCCCGGCGCCCAGCCGACAGACUUCGAGAUUGUCCGCGACAAUGUGGGGAUCCGACCAGGGCGAUCUCCCGGUGUCCGAGUGGAGAAGGAAGUCCUAGACGGACAGAACAUUGUGCACGCAUACGGUACAGGAGGCGGGGGCUAUGUAUUCAGCUUCGGAUUGGCGAGAGCUGCUGGGACGAUGGUUAACGACUUUUUGUUUGCUGCGCCAAAGUCACGUCUAUAG